CGGGUAAAAGGUCAUUUCCAAGAUGGCUGCGACCUCGCUGGGGCGAGUUCUGUCACUUUGCAGGCAGUUUCAGAAGGGGCUCGGGGUCUGUUCGGUUCGGCAUGCUUCUUUUCCCCCGAACAGUCUGUCUCUGCAUCCUCUCAGUGCAAAUGCCCACACCCUUCUUCGGAGCAGUGUGGGGACCGGUCUUGCUAAGCAGUGCCGGGCAGUCCACGCGUCCCAGUGCCGACGGGGUCUUGAGGAUUUUUUUGAUUCCCCGCAGAACUGGGGAGCGCCCACUGUAAAAUCAGGAGCACCAUGGACUGCAAAGCAGCUACGGACAAAAAGCAACGAAGACUUGCACAAGCUGUGGUAUGUGCUGCUUAAAGAGAAAAACAUGCUUCUGACUGUGGAACAGGAGGCCAAGAGACAGAGAACUCAGAUGCCGAGUCCUGAACGCUUAAAGAAAGUCGAGCGGUCCAUGAUCAGGCUGGACACCGUGGUGAAGGAGCGAGAGGACGCGCUGAGGCUGCUGCAGACCGGCCAGGAGAGGGCCAGGCCGGGGGCCUGGAGGAAACACGUCUUCGGCUGGACCUACUGGUACAGAUUUAAGGAAUGGGCAAUUCCCUGGUAUAUGAACAGAAGAUACACAAGGAAACGUUUCUUUACUCCUCCAUUCGUCAGUCACUUCAUAAGGCUUCGCAUUGAAAAGCGCCUGCGUAUCGGCAACAAGAAGAAGAAAAUGGAGGCUGACAAGCAGCUGAAACUCAGGGAGAAGUUUCCCAAACAGGCUGCAAAGUUGUAACUGUACAUUUUCCCAUAACCAGCCGCUUUCAGCAUCGGAUAGGUGACGUGGCCAGCGAGGUUUUCACGAUGACGUGCUUUUUUACUUCGAUUAGUCGAGAUCACGGAGAAAAGACAUGUCACCACAGAGCCACACCACGUGAUGACUGUUGCACAGGGCAAGCAUUGUAAAAUCUAGUGUUUUGUACAUCUUGUCUGGCUUGAGAGGUUGGGCAUCAACUCUGUGUGGCAGGGGACUUUGUUGAAGGUCGUGGGGUGAAAACCUUACCUUAGUAAUUGUUAGUCUUUUGUAAAUAUACUGUAUUGAAAUUGUUACAACUGAUCAAAGUCUGGAUAUUGUUUUUUUCUUAUUUAAUAGGGUAAAAACUAAAUCACAUAAAAACUGCCAGUUUCUUUCCUGAGCUUCUAUAACAAAUUACUGUCCGGAUUGUGAGAAGUGUUGUAGAUGAUGUCUAUGAAUGAUUCCGACAGCCUGUAAAGGAACGAGAAAUAGGUUUGUUCCAUGCUGAAGAGAGAAGAAGGCUUCACAGCCAAUACGUUGUGUUUUCUCUCUUCUCAGCAUGGAAUUAACCUAUUGCUUGCUCCUUUGCAGCCUCUGCAUGCUGACGCAGCUACCCACCUGAACUGUUUCACAUGUUUUACCUUUACAUUCUAGGCAAAGCUUGAUCUGAUCUCUAGGGGGCAGGCUUUCACCAAAUAAGAGAUGGAACGUCACUGUAUAUGCUGGCAAAACUGAUUUCAAGCAGGGCUCACCUUAUUUCCAAAAGCAUGGAGACUGUUCAAAGAAAACGUGACAUUACAGGCUUUUGUCACUAACAGUACACUAUAAAUUAGACAUAUGGUGUAUAGUGCCUAACUCAAAAUUGGUAUUUUUUACACUAUCUUCACAUAUGUUCAAUUCAUUUAAUUGUUCAGUCCCAACUUUGCAAAACUGUUGGAACAGCGGAGUGUUGUAAUCUGGAACACAAUAUUAAACUGUGGUGAAUAUACUACAUGAAGAAAAUCAAUCUCUUUAAAAAAAAAGUUUAUUUCCAAACUGCUUGUAUGUACUUUAGUUCUGUCAUCACAAACUGUUUGGUAUCAAAAGAGGCUUAGAAAAAGCCUUUUUUUAAAAUAAAAAUGGAAGAUUUGAUA